UUGUCAUGUCUUGGAACCGGUGACAUGCUAACGCUCUGCGCCUAGAAGUGAACGAGGUUCACACCAACCGUGGACUUCUGAAGGAACUUUGGAGGAAGAAAUGCUACUCGAGUUCGGAGUUGCACAAGAACGAUCACCCACUCGUCGGUGGAGAAGAAGCGCCCGUCGAUGCAUCAUUCUCCUUUACCGUACUAGUUGAUCUCGAUCCGAAGCGACCUCUGUUCGACCACCUCAGAAGUUCUCAAUAUCGGGAACGCCUCGAAUGCAGCGAGCACGAUUUGCACCAAGGAUUAUUUGCAAUCCGACUGUGCGAAUGUCUCAGAGUAGGUCUAGUCCCACAUGAGGCACGGCUGAGAAUAGAAAAAGGCUUUUAGUUCAUGCACCACGUAUCAAGCUCGGUAACAGAAUCAUAGUCAACCAGAGGCACUCCAUCGACAAUCUUCCGGAUGUCGAAGUCUUCAGUUGCGCUCGGGAGAGGACAUCAAGGCGUGGCUGAGGAGAGAAAAAGUGAGAAGAGCUCAGAGCAACCACGUGCAAGCAAAAUAGAAACCGAACGAGGAGUAAUAACAACACACAAAUGACGGGCAUGAGUACUAACUGCACAACAGUGACAUGAGAGCCGAGUCCGUCCCAGAAAUUGUUACAGGGGACGAAAAUCUCAGUCUUUCCUCGGCCAUCGAUCCGGUCCACACAAAACGAGACCAGCAACAGCAGCAGCAGCAGCAACAGUCUCGUCUCGCCUCAUCUCGUCCCAUGUCAUGUCAUCUCAUCGCAGCAGAUCUCACGAGAUCAUGAUUGGCAUCGUCGUGAAAACUCAUCUCGUUACGAAUGCAACAGCGAAGGACACGGUCAGGCAGAAAUACUGCACUCGAUCGAGAGAACGAACCGUUUCAGAACGCAGUCGAGUGCGAGCGCUGUGGUCGGUCGACAUGAGGUCCGCAAUGAUUCGGUUCCUCUCAAAGCACCAGCGUCGGGACGCUGACGCCAUGACCAUCUGGAGGAGCCCCCUGCUGUACUGUACACCCUCCAUAGAUUAGACGAGGCCGGAAAAGGACCCCAACGAAACAACGGGAGCAUGGCUAGUGCAGCAGCUAGACACAAGCAGCAUAAGAAGCUGUCCUCUCGUUGGUGCCUUGCCCACCGCUACUUUUAGCUCCAUUGAGGAGGAAUCGGGCGCUCAGCUAUCUGAUAAUUGAAUUGAUCAUGCGAGCAGUGGGACGUGAGAAGUCUAGUCUGAGGAGGAGGGGGGAAGGUUGCUUUUAGGCCGGCCUUUGUACUUCCUCCACCCUCCAUCCCUUCAUCAAUUUCGCUGCCCUCGGUGUCGAUGCUCUCACCACUUUAUGCCUCCCUCCAACUCUAGGCGUCGCUUUCUGUAAAGUUCUAGGGACUUUUUUCGUACAGGAUAUUCAGUUUGAAGUAAUGCCUUUGGUUCCACCCUGUCCUCUGGCCAGUCUAUAUUUCAUAAUGGAUAUCUGUCGGCCAUGGAUUCUACGAUCUCGACUCGAAGAAAACAAAAUCUGAAGCGGGAGCGAAAAAACGAAAACGUUUGUCAUGUGGUUUCACAUCUCGCCAUUCGCUCUCACGAGUUCCUUCUCUGCCUCUCGUCCCUUGUAAUGUUGACGACCGUCAGGACUUCGACCUCAUGACUGGUAGAAAUCUCAUCUCCUCGGGACAGACGAGAAAUUUCCCAAGUGCAAGGCAGAAAGUGCGUCAUGGGAUUUAAGAGAGCUUCAAUGGAGGAUUGUGAGGGUGGGGGUCGAGCAUGAGUCAUGCAAUUUGGAGUCCUACGCUCCGACUAUGCGGAGAUUGAGCCUCUAAAGUGCGGCCACCUGGACGCAAGUGUCAUGCAGGUCGGUUGGAGUCUUAUGGGCAAUCUCCAGGCCAGUGACAGGGCUCACGAGAAAAAUAGAAACCAAGAGGAAAAUAUCCAGGCCAAUCUUCUGUUUGAGUGGAGACCAGAUCGCGCGUGGAAAAUUGCAGGUGGAAGAGGUCAUGGAUGAGAGCUUGAAGGUUUGGAGGCGUACAAAGAGCAUGCAAAAGUAUCAGACAGUUGCAGAUUCAGCACGAAAAGAAUGUCGCAAGUUCUGCACAAUGGUCAUCGAAAAAGGGAGUGGCCAAAGAAUAUAAAAUUUGCCUGAAGCUAAAGUAAUCACAAUAACUCCACUAGCUCAGACAACGUCAGACACACUUCACUACGCUAUCAUGAAGGUGGCUGGACCAGAUGUCAUUCAUGUCAUGAACGAUCUUCUCUUUCUCCUCGUCUUCAGAUUCAACAAACAAAAUGCGAAUGAUGAAACGCACUUGGAAUCGCCAACUAAUUCCAUCUUUGACACUUCUUUCUUGCUGAAUCACGAAUGAGGUUAUGGCAAGAAAGAGGCCGUUCUCCCGACAAAAAUUGGCAAUUUUAAAUAAGCUAUUGACUUUAGGAAAAGUAAGUCAGAGCAGAUCCUCC